AUGGGAAGUUUGGCGGCCUGGCACUGGUACCACAGAUUCGUCAGUCGCCUGCUCUUCAAAUUUUAUUUCCGCGAGACUUCGGUGUCAGACCCGCACGACGUCCUCAAAGUGCACAGUGAUCGUUUAAUCUUCUGCUCCAAUCAUCCGACUGGCCUCUUUGACAGGCUUUUAAUCCAGCACCUUUCGCCACGCCCUUGCUUUUGUUUGUCGCAAAACUGGUUUGCGUACACUAACCAUGUCGAGAUGUGCUUGCACGUAGUGAAGGGUGGUACGUUCGAAGAGAUAGUCGAGUGCCUGGACGCUGGCAAUGCUAUUUGGAUUGCAGUGGGUGGGGCACGAGAAAUAAACCCGUAUAUUCGGAAGAUCCACACAGGAGCUGCGCGCAUAGGUUUGCAGGCAGCUUUGGGAGGCUAUGAAGUUCUGUUGGUCCCUGUCCAUAUGGCGUUCGAGGCACAUUGUCAGCUCAGCACCGCUGUCCUAGUAGAGUUUGGGAAGCCAAUUCGCAUUUCUAGCGGGUUGGAUCCAAACUCCACAAGCGGCCGCGAACAAGUACGUCAUUUGACUUGUUGCUUGCAAGAGCAGCUGCUCCCAUUGACGAACUGGAUGCCUGCAAGUCAGGGUGUGGACUGUGGCAAGAAGGGGUCUAGGGGUCCUGGUCAGACACGCUUGGCCGUUUCUGAGUGGUAUCGACUUCGAAUGAUUGAUACUUUCAUUUGCAUUCACGCCUUGUCGAGUGGCCAGGGUAUGCUUUCUUGGCCAGAACGCGUACGGCGAGUGCGACUGGCGGCUCAACAUUUAAGUCAGCCAGGCAAUGAUUUCCAAAAAGCAAUGGAUGCCUUCAACAGCUUUGCUGCUCUUCUAAAAGAAGGCACCCUGUUCCGAUCUGCCACUGGGACCUACUGGGACAUGCCUGUGGCACUCAAAGCAAUUCCGCGCAAGAAUCCGGUCGAGGUACCAGGUAGCUUGUCAGAUGUGCAUGGCUUGCCGACGUUUCUGCAAGACCGUUUCCGGCACCUAUCAGAGGAGGCCGUGAAGUUCAUUCAUUUGCAUUCGCUGGUCCGCAGCAUAGUCCACGAGACGGAGCAUGCUGGCAAGCUGCGCCGGCAUCGGUGGCUGCAGCAGCUGCGAGCAUGGGCCUUGAUGGAGAACUCGCGAGCUGCAAUUGUUGUCAAUGUUAUGUGUUGCCACAAGCCGUGCAACGCUUGGGGCUUUCUCGACUCGAUCUGUGUCCCCACCGCAGCGAUCGCUGCGGGCGGCCUGGUCCAUGACACUUCCACCGGGGCCCGUGGUCGCGGUUCGGGGAUCCGCAGGAGGAAGGUGCCGCCUCAGCGUCUCAGGAACUCGCAGCCCACACAGUCUUCUUUCAGUGUGGACCGUCCUCUCCUCCCAUGGGACGCGGCUGUGGCAGUCACUGCAGAUGAGGCCGUAGACCUGGAUGCAAGCAACCUCACCAUGCAGGCUUCAACGGAUGCAUGGACGUCUGCAGCGAAUGAGGCAGCAGCUCAGCAAACAAUGUUGGGGCCGGCUGUGCCCCUGCCUUCGUCUUGUGAAGCGGUCAGCGAUGUUCUAGAGCAAGGUGUUGCAAUAGUGAAAGGCGCACUUUCACCAAAGCUAUGCCAGCGCUUGCGCAACUUUGUCUUGGAGGAGCUGCCAGCAGCCCGUCGCGCGGUAGAAGCUGAGCCAUCACGGAAGUAUUUGUUAUUUUCUCGGGAUAUCCGCGAAACGCGGUCAUCAAGGGCCGCAUCAGAUACGCGUUUUGAACUACAGCUUCCUCGCACGGCGAUUACUGAAUCAGCCCUGUUGGAAGCAUUGCGUGGUCCGGUGGGAGAUACCUUGGAAACUUUAGCAGGUGACGCAAGUGCUAGCCUCUGGGAGUUCACGGCUAUGGCUUCUUGCUCUGAUGGGCGCAGUGUUGCUGGAUUAGUGUGUUUUGUGCACGAUCUUGUGAUGGGAAUGAGCACUUCGCAUUGCACUGAGGUUGCUAUGCCAGGUGCGAUUGCUCAGCGCUUGCACUGCGAUACUGGUUCGCCUUUGCCAGCGUUGUUUACUGCAUUCGUGGCAUUGCAGGAUGUAGACGAGAACAUGGGUCCGACGCGCUUCCUUCUGCGAUCAAAUAGUGAGACUUCCCAUCAGUACUUUUCCGCAGACAAGACUUCUUUCCUCAACAAAGCAGUUUCACGCAUUGCCUUGUUACGCACGGGUGAUGCAGUUGUGUAUGAUGGCCGAGUUUUGCACUCUGGAACAGAUAAUUAUUCUGAUAAACCUCGAGUGCUGCUAGUUCUCACCGUCCGGCACAUAAGAGAUUCAUCUGUGGACCAAGCAACUCAGAGGUCCGCAGCAGUUUCUCCGCGGCAAGUUGAAGUGAUGAGGGUGGCGCUGAGACCGCAGCCCGGCUGUCCAGCUGUGUUUGCGCAUACAAUUUCUGGUGGAAGAGAGGAGACACAUUUGGAGAGACCAGGCCGCAGCCCUGAGAGCCAUGUCAAGACUUUAGAGUCGAGCCGUCGCAGUCCCUUUCGGGCCUCUGCCACUUCAGAGGGCCUGCAUCGACAGAGUGGGCAAAUGCACGAGACAUCUCAGAAGCAAAGCCGGGGUCCAGCCAGCGCGUUGGAGACUUCGAUGAAACGCAUAGAUAGGUCCAACCAAAGCCCCAUUCGAGUGGUUGGUGGGCCGGCUCUGGAGGGAACAAUCCACAGGCAGGCCGCGCCUCUGCCUGCAGCAUCAUCCAAAGACGACUUUUUCCCGGAGUCUGCUCACGCUAACGUGUUUCCGGCCACGCAACCUGUUGCUUCUUCACGUGAUGCUCCAAGAUGCGCUGAUGGGAGAGCAGUCAUACAGUCUCCUGGCAACAGCCCGCGAGGUCUUCCAGCUGCAAACGGGUCUUGCAAGCUGAUCGGGCAGGGAGUGACGUGUCCAGACCCACUACUGACCACUGGGCCACAGGCAUCUCCUUUGUCACCGAUGGCAAGGACCCCAAGCCCACGUGAUAGAAAGAACGCUUGGAUGUCAGGCCUGGACUCACGGCAAAGUUUGACAUCCUCUUUCCUAGGGCUUGAAAGCAACUCUCCCCCGCAAUACGUUUCUGCAAAGCUCCUCCACUCUUCCUCCAGUAAGCGGCGCACCCUUUCGCCCGGAGCAUCGUGCGUAGUGUUGCCACCCAGUCCUGAGAGUGUCCCUCGGAUCUCAGAGGUGCUUCCUUCACAAGAGACCCAAGACACCCCAGAAGCUUGGCACGUCCAGUCGACGCUAUUUGAGAUAUUUUGCUCACCCGUCUCCACGCCAUUUGUGGCCGAGCAAGUUGCCAAGGGGCUCCUGAGCAGAUCAGGGGAGGCCCUGUGGGACGAGCUGGUGCUCCUGCGUCCGGUGCAAUACCUCGCAUGCGCUGUGGUCCGUUUGCUUUCUGGACAGCCUGGGCAGCCCGUGAAGGAUGAAGGCUUAUGGCGGGAGCAUCUUGGUGAUGAAGAAACUUAUCGAGACUGGUGGAGAGCGCUUUUGGCUCGGUAUGGCUUGUAUGGUUCAGGAGACUCGCUAGCGAGUGGGGAGGCUACAGAGUUGAUGAUUGCAGCAUGCCGGGUGCUUCGCGAUCACUUUGCCAAACCAACGUAUUUGCGGAACCUCCGAACAGUCCGCUUUGGAGCGCAGCGACUGCAUGAUCGUUAUGAUGGUUUCCGAUACGUCUCCAGUUCGACCUUCACGCGAGUGUAUCGCUGCCGCAGUCGCUUGAGCUUCGAGGAUCGCGUGUGCAGCCAGACUCGGAAAGAUCUUCUCGUGUGCCCAGCCGACCAGGUCCGAGUGGAAGCAGAAACCUUGAGAAGCUUACAGCAUCCACACCUCCCACGUGUUGUUGAGAGCUUCGAGGAUUUCAAUCACAUCUACAUCAUCUUUGAAAUCGUGGACAACGUACGGCUGCUGAGGUUUAUGUCUAUUCGCCUUGACACCCGGGCUGGGGUCAGUGAGGGCUGGCUGGCACAGGUGUUCAAGCAGCUCUUGGAGACCCUGGGGUACUGCCACCAGUUGAAGCCGCACAGCAUCGUGCAUGGUGACAUUGGCUUGGACAGCGUGGGUUUAGCAUCAAUAUCGGAUGCCGCCAGCUCACCUCACGUCGUCAUCUCAGACCUGAACGUCGCCGGUUCGCUGCCGCCACUGGGAAUUUCAGGUGCUGAAAUGGCACGGACCCAUCAAGAUACCCGGUCUUGGGAGGAGCACUGCAGCCCGAAGCACGAUGUCUGGUGCUGCGGCUGCCUGCUUUACCUUCUCCUCACGGGGCAUGUGCCUGGCGAUGCUUUCUUCGGUGGAAGGGAGGCAUUCCGGUCAAAGGGAGCCACGCCAGACUGGAAGGCCUUCGCUGACAACGCGAGUGGUUUGAUUGCCCACGGCUGCUUUGUGAGAUGCUGCUUAGACAGGGCUGAAGACCAGCUGGAUCGUUCGUUGUGGCGCCUCUUUGUCGAAGCCAGGGAGGAUGAGCGUGGAGUCCUGACAGCUGCCGAACUGGAACAGAUUCUUGAUGGUGCGUGGUCACCAACGUCCACUACCACUGACAAGGAGGGCGCAGAAGGCUGCGCAUGGAAGUAUAUUCGAGCUGCUACCGAUCCGGAGCUAACGGCAAGCGAGGCUGCGCGGCAGAUUGCUCCAGGCAACGAAGUAACUUUCGAGUCGCUGAAGAGGUUCGUGAUGCAACGCCACGAUGCUGCUUGUGCCUUCGCAGCCCAGGAGUCAGGCAGCGGACUUUGCGAUGGAGAAGCUGCCCAACAG